CUCCGAUUGUCUUCAGUUUUAGCUCUACUUUCGAGUUGCGCGGACGUAUGACCUUCAACGAGUUUUCCUGAAAAUUUAACUCGAUAUCGUUUUAGCCUGAACUGAAUCGUUUCGAGUAACAUUGUAGUGUUGUGUUUAUAUAAUAUUGUGACCUCAGUUUCUGUGACGAUUACUCAGUGACAAUUUGUUAAGUUCUGUGUGCGCGGGAACUGUGUUCAUUCCCAGAAGCUGGUAACUAAUGGAUCCUAAUAAGACAAGUUGAAGUCCACCGUGAAACAUGACGCGAGCGGCCAUUGCGUUUUGGCGCGAAAUGCCAAUCGCUGUCACGUUUGUUAUCGUGGCUUUGGCAUGCGUCGUUUCAGCCAGGGACAUCGUUUUAGACGAUACAUACACAGUAAUAGAAGCAUCGACGAAUGAAAGACUGCGUCUUAUUUGCGGACUGAAGCCGAGGAAUCAGAUACCGACGGUGCGAUGGUUUUUGGAUGGGAAACCCGUGGACGGACAGUCGAGACAGCGAAUGAUGCAACAGAAACAAUGGCUAAGAAUAAAGUCAUUCCGGGCGAAAGACGCUGGAGUGUAUACGUGCCAAAAUGAAGAUGACAGAAGCAAGGAAAUGAGUGUCACAAUUAAACAUAAGCCAGAUCUCGGCCCCGACAACAUUGAGGAAUAUCAAUCAGAUGUGGACGUUCUAAGACCGAUGCCUGAAAUACUAGCACAACAUUCAGCUCCUCUAGUUGAUAAUAAUACAAUCGACGAUAACACAACAGAUCAAAGACAUAAGGAAUACGAUAACACAAAAGACGACGAUCUCGACGAUAAGAAUGAAAAGGAGCACCUAAAUUACGGACACGUUGAUGACACUAAAUCGAAAUAUGCACCAAAGUUUAAGCAUCCAUCGAAAAUGUUUCAUAUGGAAAUGAAACCAGCGGGAAGUUCGAUUCGUUUUAAAUGCGCUGCUGAAGGUAACCCAAUGCCCAAUAUCACGUGGUACAAAAACAGCGGAACUCCUAUAUCAAGAAGUUAUUUUAAACCAUCUUAUGGUAAAUGGUCAAUGGCACUCGAUGAACUCACGAAAGCAGAUAAUGGAAACUACACUUGCAAAGUUUGCAGCGAAUUGGGGUGUAUCCAACACACCUACACACUACACAUUCAAGAGCGUCUAUACGCGAAGCCUGUGCUAACACAAGCGGCCGUCAAUCAGACCAAGCUGGUCGGUGAAACGGCUAGAUUCAGCUGCGAAUUCCUAACAGACCUUCAUCCGUCCCUUUACUGGAUGUAUUUCACGAAACACGAGUACAUCUAUAAUGAGACAACCACAGACGCUUCGACCAAAGAGUCCGUUGUAUACAAAGAUGUAACAAAGAUAGUUACGAGCGAAAAUCCGGAAGAUAAACCAGAACAGCUGACUAUAUACAAUGUGACUAAAGAAGAUGAGGGCUGGUAUGUUUGUGUUGCUCUCAAUACACUUGGAAACACCACAGCUAAAGGAUACUUAACUGUUUUAGACUCUUUACCGAUAACAGAAGCACUGGACCAUGGAAAACAUACGGUGCUUAUUAAUGUUCUGACCGCGGUGCUGGGAGCGAUGUUCUUUGUUGCUGCUAUUAUCGUGGUGAUGAUAUUCAAGAAAUUGAGACAAGAGAAGGAGAAGAAACAAUUAGCGAUAGAAACUGCAAGAGCUGUUAUAGUGACGCAUUGGACGAAGAAGGUAACGGUGGAGAAGCCGCAAAUGAAUGGCACACCGAAUGCUGCUGGAGAAGGAUUGUUAAUGCCAGUGGUAAAGAUUGAAAAACAGAAGCUAUCUCAAGUCCAAAGCAAUACAUGUGAUUCAAUGAUGAUGUCAGAGUACGAGUUGCCAGUCGAUAUAGAUUGGGAGGUACCCAGAGAGUCCCUCUGCAUUGGAAAGAUAUUAGGAGAAGGAGAGUUUGGAAAGGUUGUGAAGGCGGAGUGUGUAGGGAUACUAAAGCCAGGAUUACAGUCUGUCGUGGCCGUCAAAAUGUUGAAAGAGGGCCAUACAGACGCAGAAAUGAUGGCAUUAGUGUCAGAAAUGGAGAUGAUGAAGAUGAUAGGAAAACACGUGAAUAUCAUCAAUUUACUAGGAUGCUGCACACAAGACGGACCUCUAUACGUCAUAGUGGAAUAUGCACCUAAUGGCAAUCUGAGAGAGUUUCUCAGAAACCAUCGACCUGGAAACAGAUAUGAAUCUCCUACUGAAGAUAUGAAAGAAAAGAAAACAUUGACACAAAAAGAUCUUGUAUCUUUCUCAUACCAAGUAGCGAGGGGAAUGGAGUACUUGGCGUCCAGACGGUGCAUACAUCGUGACUUAGCAGCUCGUAACGUGCUGGUAUCAGACGAUUGUGUACUGAAAAUCGCAGAUUUCGGUCUCGCAAAGGACGUUCAUAGCAACGAUUACUACCGCAAGAAGACAGAAGGCAGGCUGCCUGUUCGGUGGAUGGCACCUGAGUCCUUGUACCACAAAGUCUUCACAACUCAGACUGACGUCUGGUCGUUUGGUGUGUUGCUGUGGGAGAUCAUGACCCUGGGCGGAACUCCGUACCCAACGGUCCCAGGACAGUACAUGUACCAGCACCUCAGCGCUGGUCAUCGGAUGGAGAAACCGCCGUGUUGUAGUCUUGAAAUAUACAUGUUAAUGCGAGAGUGCUGGUCUUUCUCUCCUGGCGACCGACCAUCGUUCACCGAAUUGGUCGAGGAUUUGGACAAAAUAUUAACGGUAACCGCCAACCAGGAAUAUCUGGACUUGGGUCUACCACAGCUCGACACACCACCAUCUAGCUACGACGGCUCUGGUGAUGAAAGUGAUAGUGAAUUUCCAUUCAUCAAAUAAAAUUAAAAAUGACAUUUUGAAGAAGAUUCCGUUAUUGGAAGAUAUGUGAUGUGAUUUAAUAUGAGAAAAUCUUUUGAUUUUUUUAAAAUAUAUUGGAUUGUCGAAUUUGAUGAAAUGAUAAUAUCAUCAAUAUUACCUGCCUAAUGAUGAACUACGUAUGUACGUACGGAAUUGAUUAAUCGAUGGAUUUGAAAUGGCAAUUCGAAUAUAUUAUUUUAUGAGCAGUUAUAGUUUAGAAUUGUUGAAAGGACUUAAACGAUUUGCGAAAACGGCGUUCAAAAUCUUGAUAUCAUAUUUUUAAAUAUUCAAUAUUGAAUGUCUAUGGACUAUUUCCGUGUUCAAUAGUGUUCCGUCAUAUUGAAUUGACAGUGUCAAGUGGAUGACAUGACAGGAGAUGACAACUUUGACAGUAUUGAAAAUGAAGAUACUCAUUAUCGAUGAGAUUAGUGACAUUUUAGUUAUCUAAAGAGAAUUUAGGAAUUUCAAUAUUUCCCACCUUAGUUUAGUAGGCUUAGAAAAAACUUGGAAUUAUUAUAUCUAUGGUUUUUACUUUUAAACUUAGGAUAGACUAUGAUGAAAUCGUUUAGAAAAUUUAUUAUUGUAUUUAUUAUUGUCGACUGUCAAAUGCAAUUUUAGUUAUUUAUUAUAAGGAAUAUUUAAAUAUGGACAUGCUUCUAUAAUAUUUUAUUAAUUUAGUUCUACUUUUUGUUGUUUUUUUAAGUUUUUGUAUUAAGUUGGUAGAAAUUCUGUUUUACUCUAUAUUUUUCGUAUUAUUUUUUUUAUUUAUUUCUUUUCUUUAAGUACCAAAAAUGCAUCACAGAGUAUCGCGUAAUAUUUUGUAAAUAUAUUUUUUUAUAAGCUUUCUCAGACAAGAUAUUGUAUAGCUAUAAUAAUAUUUUAGUACCAAAGUUUGUUUAUGAAUCGAUGUAUUAUAUGAAAGUAUUAUUGAUUAAUAUUUUAUUUCAAACAUUUAUAUUGUUAAUUAAACGAACUGACUGAUAUUUUUGUCUUGUAUUUACGAGUAGUUCAGUUUUUAUAAAUUAAAGUAAAUUUGGUAUACUGAAAAAAAAGCAUUAUUUAAUUCAAUUUAUAAAACUAUUAUCAAAAGUCUAGUCCCUAAUUUUCGGAUAAAGUUAUCUUUCUUAGUUAGAUUAAAUUUUACCAUUGAUAUUUUUCAAUUGUACUUAAUUAGAAAUUUAAGUAAUGAAAUAAACAAUUUAAUGAAUAAAUGUAAAUAUUAUUUUGUAAUUGCAGCUUGUAAUGUCACGUGUCAUCAACGAAUAAUUUGAAAUGUUCCUACUUUACAGUGCAUGAAAUUUAUUUAAAUAUAAUAUUUGCUUUUUGGCAUAACAUUUUCAGCCAAAAUGUACAUAAAUAUAAGAAUAAAAAUUAUGAAUGUGAACCAUUGACUAAAUAAUUUGAAUAAAGAAUAUCAAUGAAACACAAUGAUUGAUUGUAAAUACACUUUUUUUAGUAUUAAAGCAAAUGUCAUGCUUAUUCGAUGUUUCGCAAUGUUUGUAUAUUUGAUUAUAUCUAUCUGAAUGUAUUAUGUAUUGAUGUUGUAUGAGAUGAGAAUAAAAUAUAUUAGUGCAACUAUAA